AUGGGCAACAACCAAGCACAACCGCACAAGAGAGACCGUGCGCCGGACGGUGGAUCCCGUUCCCGGGCCGUUCCUCAUCUGCCGCCCUCGGUCUCGACGGACGACGGCUGUCCCGUUCAGAUGAGGAUCGCCCAGGACAACUUUGAUCCCUCAGCCGAUCUUCUCGACAGUAAUGAAUAUCCGGUGGUCUUCAAAUGGUCCACACAGCAUCACCCGGCCAGGGUGGUGCAUUUGGCCGGCUCUUGGGACCAAUGGAAGAGUAAAAUACCAUUGGUGAAGUCUACCAAUGACUUCAGCACCAUUAUCAAUCUUAAUCCCGGUAUGUACAAUAUAAAAAUUUUUAGUGUUUUUCAAAUUUUAGACAUAAUUUUUUGAUUUACAGGCGAUUACGAGUACAAAUUCCUUGUCGACGGGAAAUGGAUGGUUGAUUCCCAAGCGAAUAAGAGCGAAAGGAACGGGGAUAUGUGUAAUGUGAUGAACAUCGAUGAAGCGGACUUUGAAGUAAGUUGAUCACAAGCUUUACUCAUUUUUCAACGUUUAGGUCUUCAAUGCACUUGAUAAGGACAUGGAAGCUUCGAAUGCCGGCGUGGCGAUGAAGAAAAUGAAUUCGACCGGGGUCCAACAACCAAGUCAUGACACUCCCAACGAUCGGGAGAUCGAGAAACUCCGCGAGUUCACUCAGCAAUUACCCGAUCGGCGGGACUUCGAGAAAGCCCCGAAUCCCCCAGUAUUACCCCCUCAUCUUCUCCAAGUUAUACUUAACAAGGAUACUCCUGUCUCCUGUGAUCCCAACGUCCUCCCUGAGCCGAAUCAUGUGAUGCUCAACCAUUUAUACGCCCUCAGUAUAAAGGACGGAGUGAUGGUCCUCAGUGCCACCCAUCGACACCGAAAGAAAUACGUUACAACGCUCUUGUACAAGCCCAUUUAG